AUGGAGUUAUCUUUUGCUCUGGUUUUUGCAUUUGUUCUCCCGCUCAUCAGGGCUCAGGUGCCCCACUGGGGACCAUGUCCAGAACCGGCCGUUCAACCUGCGUUCAACCUCAAACAGUUUAUGGGGAGAUGGUUUGAAAUUGCCAAACUGCCGGCCCAGUUUGAGAAGGGCCGAUGCAUUGAAACCAAUUUCACUUUGAGGACGGACAGCUCCAUUCGAGUGGUCAGCUCUGAAUUACUAAAAGGAGAGCUGAGGAAAAUCGAAGGGACUGGAGUCAUAGAGGAUAUGAAGAAUCCGGCCAAGCUGGGAAUAAGUUAUUCCUACGUCCUGCCCUACUCCCCUUACUGGAUCGUGUCCACUGACUACGUGGACACGGCCCUCGUGUAUUCCUGCACGGACGUCCUGAGGCUCUUCCACGUCGACUUCGCCUGGAUCCUGGGCCGAACACGGACCCUGCCAGACUCCACCGUCGAGAAAGCCAAGGACAUCUUUGCCAACAACAACAUCGACGUGAGCAGGAUGAUUGCCAGCAGGCAGCAGGGCUGCGACAAAACUCUCUGA